AAAUUUUUCAUAAAGAUGAGGAAAAUUCAUUCGAAACAAGACAACGCAUCGAAGAGGAUGGAUUCCCUCGGGGGAGACGGAAGCGGCGACGGGGCGGGUCGAGGCAGAGGUCGUGGACCCUGGAUUUCCACCACCCAGGAGCUGCCUGCGCUGAGGAGGCCUCAUCAUUCUACGUCACCAGAGUCCAGAGACACAGAGCAAAGCAAAUCAGACACAUCCUACGAUGAUAUCCUACAGACAUCAAAGUUAUCCGUAGAUGCAGCUGAAUUCAUUCCAAAAUCGUAUCCUGUCAAACAGCCAUCGCAUCAACCGCAGCAGCAAUCAUCCAUCAGAUACUCUCUGACGAAGCAUUCGAUCCAAGACAGACUAAAGUUGGCGCGGGAGAUACCGCUCCGGACAGUAAUGAUGCAACGAGUACAAAAUUCCGGGUGCAAUUACGAUGCACCCCAGCACUACCAACAAAUAGAACAGGUUCAGUACGAGAAUUUCUCGCACCAUCAGCAAGAGCAACCCGCGAACGUUCACGAUUACGGACACUUCGAUGGAGGGUCGGGAGAUUACAAAGACAAACAUCAGGACUCCAGCGGAGACGAAGAUAGUUAUUUAAUCGAGCUCGCAAACACCACGCAGAACCUGAUGAGCGUUAUACACUCUUUGAUAUUAAAUCCAGGCCGAUUUACUUCUAUCGUCCCGGCACUCAUAGAUAAUCUUAAGCCAUACUUACAAUUUCCUAGUCACUUUCAAGAAAUAUUAAAAAUUAUUAUUCAACAGUCCAUAAACGAGGGUAACUUCCGCUACAGUGGCGCUCGACUUUGCGCGUCUUUGGACACGAGCGCGUCACCCGCCGAGCAGACAACGUUUAGACAGAUUUUAUAUAUUUUGUGUAAAAACGAAACAGAGAGCCAGGCUUCCAACUGGAAGCAGAAGAACGAUCAUACAGAGGACGAGCAAAAGAAAUGUCACGGAUUGAUAUUAUUCCUAGCUGAGCUGGUUACUCAAAUGGAACACACGUCCGCUUUCGGUUUGGGGGACUUGCUGAUUCAACUUAUUAUUAUCACUUUGAAGAAGCCCGCGCCGAAUUCCGUUAAGAACAUUUGCCAGGCACUCAAGUUGGCAGGUCACACUUUGGAGAAGGACAAGGGAGGGAGUCACAAAGACAUGGAGAUCAUGAUGCGAACGCUGACAGAGCUGGUAACAGCGGGCAGAGUAGAUUCGCACGUGGGACGUAUGGUGAACAGCGUCCAUGAAUUGAGAAAUGGGAACUGGGGGCAAAUCUCCACCGCGGACACUUCCGUCGAAUCUACGGAACACAUAGAUCCGAAUCAAGCGGUAGACGAGCCUGUGUUUUACGGACCGGAUGGCAAAGUGCUGACUGCGGAGGAGAAUCAAUUUUUAGAAGGCGUUGCAUACGUUACAACGAACGUCGACAACCAUGUAAUAUUAGAACAUAGUUUCGAGGACGAAAGUAAAUGGCUAUCGGAGGACGACGACGACAUAGACGCGGCGUACGAAGAAUUUUUAAAAGAGAUUCCGAAUCAGCCCAAGAAGCAGCAGGCGCGGGAAUAAUCGUAACGGCUGCCCUUCAUCGUCAUCGUAAUCGCGUAAAAUGCUCAAGAUCAGUAACAUUCUCAUAGUUGGAAGCUAUGAGCGUAUCCGCUAAAAUUUCCGUUCUGAAUGUCGAUAAUGCGCACGAACUAUAGACAACCGCAAAAUCAAACCCGUACGACGGGACAAUUUAUUUCAACCACAUGUUUAUAUGAGUGACCUUAGUAAAAUUAUCUCGAGCUCGAGAGACCUCUGUUUUAUCAGUUGUACUAUAAAACGAAAAAGGAAUCCUUUGAGAAAUUCUUAGCGUAACAGAAUUAAUCUUUGUUUUCGUUUGUUUUUUCUACAGUGUAACGAUCUUUUUUUAUUCGCAAUAACUUUUUUACAAUUAGACACGAGCGUUUCGGGGAACGUGCCCGUUCCUAGGACGAAACGAUAUGAAUUUGUCAUACGAUACGAAAUUUACUAAUAAGUUAUUUAAAUUAUUAUAAUAAACCAUCAGAAUGAAUUAGGUGAA